CUAUCAUCGAUAAAUAAAUAUGGCGAUGGAACGGAUAAAGUUCUCCUACGUAAACACUACAAAUCGCCCCCAUUUCAGAAAAUAAAAGAUGAUUGGCUGUGAUAAUGGCGAGCAAGAAAAUAGAUAUCAACAAGGCUAGUGUAGAAGACUUUGAAAAAGUAAAUGGUAUUGGUUUAAGAAAAGCUAAAGCUAUCAUCAAAUACAGAAAGUCAUUUGGAGGUUUCUCAACGGUAAAGGAUCUGAGUAGUGUCCCAGGAGUUGGGGAUUGUAUUGUGGAACAAAGUCGUACUCAGCUGACAUGUAGUAAUCGCAAACGUAAAGCUGUCAGGACACCUAAAGUAAAAGAUAAUGUUUGUAGGGAACAGCCAUCAUCUAGUGGGUUAUCAGCCAGAUCUAUCAGACACAAUCAACGAGCACUGUUCAAAUCAACAGAGGGAAAUGUUGAUGAUUGUAACAGUAUUGUCUGCCAGGAAGGUCACAUGUCAGAGGAAGAGUCUGGCGAUGAGGUUAUGUUCCGUGAAGAAGACAAGUCUAAUGCUCAACAUAAAUCUAGGAUUCCUAUACCAGUCAAUGGACUCUUCAGUAGCCAUGUGAUGAAAAGAAAAGGUCAUGUGGUAAAGGAAGAGCCUGACUCGUCUCCUGGAAAAAAAUUCUGUCGAGAUGGUGAUUAUCAAAGUACCUUUGUGAACUUACAAAAGUCAUCAAGACAGAAUUUAAUUGCUACACAACGAAUGAGGAUUCCCUCCAAAGAGCAUCCGCCAGACAAACUAGCAGAAUGGCUGCAAAUAUUUCAGAAUUGGGGUAAUGCUGAGAGGUUGAUGGCUCUGGAUGAGUUGAUUACAUUCUGUGAUCCCACACAGGUUCGUCACAUGAUGCAGGUCAUUGAACCUCAGUUCCAGAGAGAUUUCAUAUCACUUUUGCCAAAAGAGCUUGCCCUUUAUGUGCUGUCUUUCCUGGAGCCAAAAUCUUUACUGAAAGCUGCCCAGACGUGUCGAUACUGGCGAGUACUGGCAGAGGACAAUUUACUUUGGAGAGAGAAAUGUAGGGAAGAAAGUAUUGAUGAUAAUUUAGUAUAUGGAAGUAAUCGACUGAGACGACGUCAUACCUCACGGUGUCCUUGGAAGUCAUUGUACAUGAGGCAGCAUCAAAUAGAACUUAACUGGAGAACAGGAGAAAUACCUGGUCCAAAGUUAUUAAAAGGUCAUGAUGACCAUGUGAUAACCUGUUUAGAGUUUUGUGGUACUCGUAUUGUCAGUGGGUCAGACGACAACACCCUCAAAGUAUGGUCAGCCAUCACAGGAAAGUGCUUAAGGACAUUAGUUGGUCACACAGGAGGAGUGUGGUCAUCCCAGAUGUCUAACAGUGUGGUCAUUAGUGGUUCUACUGACCGCACACUUAAAGUGUGGAAUGCCGACACAGGCCAGUGUAUACAUACAUUGUACGGACAUUCUUCUACAGUAAGAUGUAUGCAUUUACAUAAAAAUGUGGUGGUGAGUGGCUCACGAGAUGCUACAUUACGGGUAUGGGAUAUUGAUAGUGGUGCUUGUUUACAUGUAUUGAUGGGACAUGUGGCAGCAGUGAGAUGUGUUCAGUAUGACGGAAGGAGGGUGGUCAGUGGAGCCUAUGAUUAUAUGGUGAAAGUCUGGGAUCCAGAAACAGAGACAUGUUUACAUACACUUCAGGGACAUACAAAUAGGGUUUACUCGCUACAGUUUGAUGGGAUUCACAUUGUGAGUGGAUCUCUGGACACAUCUAUCCGGGUUUGGGAUGUAGAAGCUGGCAACUGUUUACAUACAUUAAUUGGUCAUCAGUCCUUGACCAGUGGUUUGGAACUGAAGGACAAUAUCCUGGUUUCUGGUAACGCAGAUUCUACUGUAAAAGUAUGGGAUAUAACUACAGGCCAGUGUCUUCAAACCUUACAAGGACCCAAUAAACAUUCUAGUGCUGUAACCUGUUUACAGUUCAACAAAAAGUUUGUGAUCACAUCCUCAGACGAUGGAACAGUCAAAAUAUGGGACUUAAAAACUGGUGAUUUCAUCCGUAAUCUUGUGGCAUUAGACAGUGGGGGUAGUGGAGGGGUCGUGUGGAGAGUUAGAUGUAGUAACACUAAACUUGUCUGUGCUGUUGGUAGCAGAAAUGGCACUGAAGAAACAAAACUUCAUGUACUCGACUUUGAUGUGGAUGAAAAGAAAUGUUUAUACUGAUUGAGAUUAUUUAUGUACUUGUCAUCUGUAGAUCAGAUUAACAAGGGAGACAACUUAUUGGUUAGUGCACAUCUGUUCCUGAUACUUACAACAGGGCUCCAGUUGGACAGGCAUUAUGUUGAAUGCAAGGAAUAUAUUUCUAUUGGCUGUUUGUAGUUCUUGCCUCAUCAGAUUAUACUGUAAAUCUAGGAUCAUUUUGUUCAGAUAAUAAGUGAAUAUUAUUUAUAUGGUCACAAGUAGAUGAUAGUUAUAGAGAAUGAUAUAACAUGCAUUGUACGGUUUUUAUAUCAAGAAAAGUCUUAAGCUAACAGGGCAUACUAAUGAUAAAACUUUGUGAUCUUUUUAAAACUGCAUUAUAUAUAUAUUAAAAUCUUUAAUUUCAGUAACUUGCUUGAAAUGCCAAAUAUUCUAAUAAACGACAGUCAGUCAUUCAGUUAUUUCUUCUUUAAGAUCUUUUAGUUUUUCUGUCCUUACUAAUACAGCUAUAACUCUUUAUCUUUAAAACUGUUUUUAUUUUAUCAAGCUGGCAACUUUUUCAGAUUUUCAAUGGAAUUGUAGAAACAAAAAUUGAAAUAUUUCUCCUAAAUUAGUCUAGUUCUUAACUUAUGAAAAGAAAUCUUACAUUGAUCAAAUAUGGUAAUAGUCUGUUAUAAAGUGUAAGCAGAAACAUCACUUAAUGUGUUCACUUUCUGUUGAUCAAAUCUCUUGUAGUUUAUAUCAGACAUACUUGUAUUUCUUUUUUUCAAAUCAUGCAUACAAUUGAGUAUUUUGUAUUUAUGUAUAAUAUAAAGGGAACAAUCAUCCAUUUGGUGCAUCCUAUAGCUGUAAGUCACAGUAAUUGUAAUACAGAACAACUGUUGUAUAUUUCAAAUUUAGUAUUGUUAUCUGGUCAUCUUGUUGUUAUCUGUUUUUGGACAUUAUUGUUAAGUUUUUUUUAACAAUAUAAACACUUUUAAAAUCACUAUAGAAAAGGACAUAUAAUAAGUCUUUGAAUAUGGCCGCCAAACCAACUUCAACCUGAAACAAAUAAUUGGAUUUUUUUUAAACUUUUUUCUCAUCUGUAUUCAUGCUUUCUAACAAUAUGAAACGAUUUAAGCUAACUCUCCUAAAAAUUAUUCUUUAAAUGAAUAAUAAAAAAUGAUUAAUCAGUUCCUGCAUACUUUUUUGGAUCAUUUCUUGUGUACUUUUGAAAAGCAUUAGUCACUGGUGAAGAAGGGAAUAUGAACUUGUUUAAAUUCUAAAGAAAACCCAAGUUCUUUUGAUUUUGGUGGCUAAAUCUCUCUUUUCAUUGUUAAUCAAUAUUCCUGUAUAAUUUAUUGUUUCCAUUAUACAGUGUAGUAUGAAUAUGUCUAUUGAUAAUACUUUGUUGACUUUCUUAGCAUUAGUAUAGAUUAUCUUGUUAAAUAUGAAUGGAAAUGUUGUAAUUGUGGAAAUAUCUAAAAAAAAAAUCAAUUAGCAGAAAAUAGAAAUCGCCAUAUGCAUGGAUCUAAAAUUGAUGAAAUUGUUUUCCUUUUUCCACAACAGAUCAUCUUAAAGACAAUACAUUAUACAUUGGGACAUGGACUCUUUUGUUCUGUUGAUAGUAAGAUAAAUAUAUAUUUUUCACAAAAUUGAACAAUAAUUUUUUUUAUUUUUAUUUUCAGGGGAAGUAAAUCUUAUCUUAAGCUAUGAAGCAUGUAUUACAAACUUUCAAACAAAAACCCUCAUAUUAAACCUCAGGAAAAAUGUUGAAAAAAUUGAUGACACUCAACAAAUUUACAGAGAUUAAAACAAACAAAAAUUGUGUUUUUGCAAUGGUCUAUAUUAAAUUUUGGUCAAUUAAAAUACCAAGAGAUUGCUGUAUUUGAUCAUUUGUUUUAACACAUUGCUUUAUUUGAGCACCAUGAUAAAAUUACACCACUGUUAAAAUAACCAGUAAAACAGCUGUUAGAUAUUGUAAUAUUCCAUCUUUGGCAUUUUGCCACAAGGUACAAUUUACCUAUCAACUUACAAGUUUAAUUGUAAAAUGUUUAAUGUACAAUUGUUAAGUGUGACUAUUUAAAGAUAUUGUAUACUUGGUUUUGUGUGAUUUUUCUGGAGAUGAAUCUUGGGAGUUAAACAAUUUUGUGUUUGAGUGAGAUGAUUUUUAAAUGAAUUUUGGUUUGUAAAUCUCUUUGAUAUAUGCAGUUUCUUUUCAGACUGCGACAAUUUCCUCAAUCUAUGAAAAGUUAGUUCUCAUUAAAAUACCACCAGAGUAAUGUGUCCAUUAAAUGAGGGUGGAAACAGAAAUUCUAUUUCAAUACACAGUAAAAGGACACAUAAUUCUUUAAAGUUGAGAAACAGACCAGAUCAAAAGAAAUGACUAUGUUAGUUUAAGAUAUCCUGAUAUUGUACCUUUGAUCAAUCAUAAAAUAAAUGUAGAUGUAUAUAAUAAAUAUCUACUUAGGUUCCAAAAGAGGCUUUCAUUGGCAGAGAUCAAUUGUAUCAAUUGACUUUUGUUUGCCACUUGUUAAACAUUUGAUACAAGGGAAUUGUGUAUUCUGUUGUAUAGAUGGAACUUGCUCUCUGUCAUCACUUUCACCUGUGAUCAUCCAAAUAAAGGUGAACAAACAAUUACUUAUGUCAAAUACUGUACUAGCAUUGUUCUUCAGGGUAUCUUUCAUCUUUUUUUGUUUUGUUUUAAUGAAAACUAUUAUAUGCUUACACUUUCAGACAUUACAUAAUUUAUUUGUACACCAUGUUAUCUCUGCAUGACUGAUACUGUAAGAAUGAGGAAUAUUAGAUCUGUGUGAAUGUUUUGUAGUGCUCAUAGAAAUUGGAAUGUCAGUGUAACUUUCGAUGUGUGUGUGUGUUUUGUCAGUAUGUUUAUUUUUCUAGAUAUUAAAUUAUGAGUGGUCAGUAAUUUUUCCCUAUUUUGGGCAAAUAUGUAAUUGUUAUAUGUAUAUCAUUGUGUUUUCUGCGUAUCUUGUACAUUUGAAGUCGUGGGAAGUAAGUAUAACAUACCACUGAGUUUUCUCUUGGAAUUCAAGUAUUUUCUCUUUAGUCUUGGUCAGGGACAAUCUCAAAGUACAUAACUGUAACACAUUAUAGGGUUAGUUAUUUAUACUUUUUGGUCAAAUCUCUAUUCAUCAACUUAACAAAUAAAUUGUAACAUCAUGAUUUAACUCUAAGUCUUUACAGCCAAUUAAAGAUAAUAUGACACUUUGAGACAGUCCUUGGUUUUUAAAUACAUCUUAAAGAGGGAUUUCAUCUAAUGAAGUUUAUAUAUAUAUUAUUUAUUUAUUAUCUAUCUAGAUGCAAUAUUUGAUAUUGUGUUCACAUUUUGUUCUUACUAUCUGUUUAUCUGUACAUUUUUCUUCAUUGUUCAUUAUAUUUUUCAAUAUUGUUAUUUGGUAUGUAAAUGUGUUGGGAUUAAACACUUGUGGUCCGAUUUAUAUAGAUAAAAUAAGUUGCUUAGCCUUGGCUCUAGGCCAUAAAAUUCUUCUCAGUACUUGAAAACAAAUUGUGCUCAAAAUACCAAAUCCAGCAUUUUGAUAGGUUUAAUUCUGAGUGUGAUUACAGUAAAAAAAGUUUUCUGACCACAAGGCCUUACUAAAGUUUUGAAUAGAUAAAUUCUGGUUUCAAAACUGAUUCUUUGUACUCCUUCUCUGUUAUAAACAUGCUAAAGUUAAUGGACUUUAAUUGAUAAAAAAAUCACAGCAUGAAUUGUGUCCAUAAAUAUUUUUAGAAAGAUGUUCAAAGUUGAAAGAAUUUAUUUGUUAAAAUGAAAUUUUUUAAUAAUUUCUUUCUGGCAACCCAAUUUAAUUUUAUAGUCACAUUAUAAACAAUAAAAACUACCUCUUGUAAAAUUUGUUAAAAUUUUUAAAGAUUUGGUGUUCGUGAGUUAAGGAACUUUGAUACUUUAAAUUCAGAUAUUAUUGCAAAAAAUGCAAUAGGGUUAUAAUCACAAUAACUUAAACCCACAUUUUGAUUUUUUUUAUAAGAAUUAAACAGGAUUUUCUCAUUGACGCAAAAAUAAAAAAGCAUUUUGGUCUAAAAUAAAAAAAAUAGCAAUAAUAAAUGCACACAAUAAUUUCCGAAUUUACAUUAAUUUUGGUUUUAAAGCUGUCUUAACUCCAAAAAAUAUAAAAUCAAAUUAAUGAUGCCUUGGUAUUAUUUAUUUACUGGUUGUUAUAAAUAUUUGUCUGUGAAACUAUUUCUGUUUACAUAAAGUUUAGAUGUCUGUUUCUUAGUGUAUAUGUUUUGAUCUGUUCCCAUGAUGAUUGUUUUGUUA